GGCGUUAGAGUCGAGAAGUUCCUUCAACGCGAUAGUCGGUGGUGUAAAGUUCAGUUCCAAAACCUUGCAAUGUGCGUGAUUAGGCGUGAAUAUGCGUGUGUACGUGUGACGUAUGACGUAUGAUUCGUAUUUCCUACUGAACAUACCAGUUCUGUUAGUGUUAACGUCUUGUGUCUUAUGUAGACUGUAGAGUUACAACUCUACCAUUGGAUCGGAAUGCUUCAGUUGCCAUGGUGACUGAAUUCUUUAAGUUAACACAGUUCUGUUAAAUUGAAUUCCCUUGAUAUUAAUUCCAAUACACAUUACAUUCAGAACCAAAACUUAUUAAACUGUAAUAAACACGAAAAAAUCGAUAGCUCUCACAGAGCGUCACCGUGGCUCUCCUGAAAAUGUAGGAAUGUUAGCCUAAACGAUAAAUCACCUACGUUUCUGCUCUAAAGUUAAUUCUUUUGACAUUUUCAGGGUUUCAUAAAGUGACGAGUUAACGAUGUUAGAAAGGACAAUAAAUUCAGAAGGUUGUUAUAUACAGUUAUUAGAAAGUCUCUUAAAAACAAAUGCGUUCAGCGAACACGUAUCACAGAUAUAGGGAUUUCACGUUGAAAUCCAUGCACCUCUGCUUCGUAAAAUACAACGCGUUCCUUAAGACUGCAGAUGCAGCACUUCGCAAUGGUUAGUUAGGAUCAAGAAACUUGGAUGAACAGUAGUUCGGUACCUAUGUCGUGGGUAUGGGAGAGAUUCAAGAACACGUUCAGGAGCUCUGUGGAUGACGAUGCUGAAGACGUCGACACUGAAAGGCGCUCCUGCCAUAACCGGGAGGUUUCCGUGUACGGGACACCCCACGAAGUCGACGACACGGGGACCACGGGUCGUGAAGAGAGUGUGACAACUUGCACAGCAUGCAAAGUGACCAUCCACCACCACCAGCAGCCAGGGCCUCGGCUCAGGGCUGCGUGUCCCUUCUGUGGACAGCCUUACAUUGCUGCCACAACCAUCGUCCAGCGAACGGAGCAUCAGCCUGUUGGCGUGGGCGUAGGGGCGGGACGGGUGCAUGGGCAGAGGUCAUGCAGUGACCCGAUCCUGCCCAGCUUUAGGCUUCCUGCCAUCGAACCAUCCCCCGAGCAGCGGACUCCACGGUACGGGCGAAUCGGCAGCUUCAUGGUCAGUCGGCUGGGGAAUGUGAACAUCACGACCCUCGGAAAUUUCCUUCUACGACCCGGAUCCGAGACAUCUCUGCCGCCCAUAUCUAAGGAUUGUGACGGAAAGAGCUGCGGGUUGGCGCUGAGUCCGGCAUCCACUCCAGAGUCCGGGUUUCGGUCGGUUCUGAGUGUCGAGAACCUCACGUGUUCGGAGCCAGAAGAAGUUAGGGACAUUCCCCAGUAUCCCACGUGGAGGAAAACCAGAGAGGAAUUCUUACAAGAUGUCCGCCGGGCGCAACAGACAGAAAACUACACGUCCUUACAGCGAUUCUACAUGCGCUGCUUCAACACCUUUGCCGAAAUUUGUGCACUUUUUAAGAUGAACAAGGACGAGGAAGGAGCGAAGUUAGAAGAGCCAGGCCUAAACAUGGAGUUUCUGUACGCAGUUCACGACACGCUGAGGGAAAUGCCCUCCAUAAUCCACAAGACUGUGCUGAAAUCUAUCAUCAAUGCACUUCUCGAGGAAAACAGAAUGCUGUACGACAAGGACGAUGUGCGGGCCCUGUUUGUGCUAGUGCAGAACCCGGUGUUCGCUGCUCAGUCCUCGUACACGAUUUUCGCGCACCUGCUACGCCAAAUAGUGAACCAGUCUAGCACCGACCAUCAUCUGCUCGUCAACUGGUUCAAGCAACUGGAAGUGGAGAAGCUACGUAUGAUUGUACGUCACGUGAUGCAAUUCAUCACAAUCAGGCAGUUUCCUCCUGCAGACAAGUCGCUGCCACCCAUGAGUAAGAGUCGUUGGUGGAUACCCACUGGUACCAAGACCUUGGCCCUCAUCAAUGCUGCAAAUAAUUCGAGCACACCGCCGCUUCUCGACUACACGGAGUUCUACAAUUCUGCCCUAGACCACAUGGAUCUGAUGCAGGAUUAUUUUAACUGGCAGAGUCCUCAGCGACCUGGACAGUUCUCCUAUUGCCAGUACCCCUUUAUAUUAAGCAUAGUGGCCAAGAGAAUAAUCCUCACAAAGGAUUCAGAGCAGCAAAUGAUUCUCACAGCACGGCGUUCACUGGUAGCCAAAGUUGCCCGCCACCAAGCCCCACAGAUUGAUAUUUUCUUCCUCAACAUUCAUGUCAGGCGCUCCCACCUCGUUUCAGACUCACUCAAUGAGAUUGCAAGCAAGCAGAAAGAUCUCAAAAAAAAGCUGAAGGUAUCAUUUGUAGGGGAACCAGGGCUAGAUAUGGGAGGGUUAACCAAAGAGUGGUUCCUGCUACUCAUCCGGCAGAUCUUCCACCCAGACUACGGUAUGUUUGUCUACCAUCCCAACUCUCGUUGCUACUGGUUCAGUACCGACCAGGAGGGAAACCUGCGUGAGUACAAUCUCAUCGGAGUGCUCAUGGGAUUGGCUGUCUACAACUCCAUUAUUCUCGACCUGCACUUCCCUUCUAUCUGCUACCGGAAGCUCCUGUCUCCACCUGUCGUGCCUGACGUGGACACUUCAGACGUCGGUUCUGUCAAGACACCGACUGUGGACGACUUGGCUGAGAUCAUGCCAGAUGUGUCCCGUGGGCUUACAGAAUUACUGGCGUAUGAGGGUAAUGUUGAAGAAGAUAUGUGCAUGAGCUUUCAGGUGUCACUGGAGGAAUAUGGUGAUGUUAAAACAUAUAAACUGAAAGACAGUGGGGAAAAUAUCCCCGUGACAAAUGAGAAUCGUAAGGAAUAUGUACAACUCUACUUGGACUGGAUACUGAAUGCUGCCAUAUACGAACAAUUUCGAGCCUUUUAUCUAGGAUUCCACAGUGUCUGUGCAUCUAAUGCUCUCAUUAUGCUGAGACCAGAAGAAGUAGAGAUGCUAGUCUGUGGAUCACCUACACUAGAUCUCAAUGAGCUCAGGAAAGUCACAGAGUAUGAUGGUUACAAAGCGGAUGAUCCCAUCAUCAUAGACUUCUGGGAAGUGCUGCAUUCACUCUCAGAUGAGCUGAAAAAGAAGUUUCUGCUGUUUGCAACUGGAAGUGAUCGCGUGCCAGUAGGUGGCAUGGGAGAGAUGACGUUCAAAAUAACAAAGGUCACCAAUAAACCUGACAACCUCCCAGAAGCACAUACAUGCUUCAAUCAGCUGGUGUUACCAACGUAUGAGAAUGAAGACUUGCUACGACAGAAACUGAUCAUUGCCAUCUCAAAUGCAGAAGGUUUUGGACUUGAAUAAAAUGCGGUAUCAUUUUCCUAUUAAUAUGUACCAUUUGUUACAAUGAUUUAACAAGACACCUGAACUCUUAAGUGAGAACUUAUAAUAAUCAAUUGAGUGAAAUUUUAUGUUGCUUUCUUGUGGUCAAGAAUUUUCAGAAUGUGAGUAAAACAUACAUACAGUUUGUAGACACAUUUUGGUGCUGAAAUAUAAAUCAAUUUCUCUGUGAAACCAAAUGCAAUAUAUGCUGUCAUAUGAUACCAUGAAAGAUUGAAAAGAAUAGUAAUUUGAAUUCAUGACACAAAUGUUAAUUUCACAGAACACAACAUGACAGUACAUCAUACUAUCAAAUUAUCCUAAAUGUUCUUUCACAACUAACAUAACUAUUAAGAUAUGAGACCAUACUUGUCACUACUGACCAUAAUUUACUAUCUAGAAAAAAUGUGUUAUUCUGGAGUGUGACGUCUUGUGGACACAGUAUAAUUCUUCGAACCCCACAGAACCCAUUGAACAGGAGCCUGGGUGGGCCCCAGAGCCAGUAUGGAUGCAGAGGCUACAAGAAAAUCCUCUGCCCCUAUCAGGGAUCGAACCCCAAUGGUCCAGCCCGUAGUCAGUCACUAUACUAACUGAGCUACCCAGUUCUAUUAUCAAUAAUAAUAAUAACAAUAAAACCACUUUCUUUCAAAAUCAUGCAACCAGAUAAGAAUGGAAGUUAAAAAUGUUGUAUAUAGUAAUGUCUACAAACAUAUAAUUGUAUUAUCAAUUUGAUUAUCUAACACCUUCCAUCUUUCUAGUAAUCCAAAACCUAAAACAUCCUAUGCUCUGUAAAUAUCUUAUUACUGAGUUCUUCCUGGGCUACCAGCUGUCUCAGGCAGUUGAAAGGCAAAAACACUUUUCACCUUUCAACCACCUGAUAUGGCUGGUAGCUCAAGAACCCUUUAUACUUAGUCACCAUGAAACUUCAGAUCAUAUAUCUUAUAACUGUUUCCACACACAUGUCGAUAAUUUUAUCUUGCUAUUCAUUUUAAUGAAUGUAUGACAUUUAUGAGAAAAAUAGACCCAUUUCCAAAAUCCAAGUAUGUUACCAACAAAUGUAAAAUUGCAUCAAAUUAACUUAUUGCCUGAAGAUGGUGAUAUGAAUUCGCCAUGCAUACUCACAUGUUUUGUGAUUUUAUAGCUGUGUACGACAUUAAUAAAAUAAGUGGUUCACUUACA